CAACCUUAUAUAUUUUUUGGGCCUCAAACAGAAAUGGGGCUGGCCAUUUUUUCAUGGAAAUAGUGCAUAACAUGCUGUUCUUUUUGAUGCAUGGUCAAGACCAUCAAUUGUGGUGGUGCCACACUUGUGUAUGGGUUCCACAGUGUGCCGAGGGCUUGCACUUUAGUGCUUUUCAUUAUUCUCGUGUGACAUAAUCUUUCAAAUAGGAACAAGCUGAUCCAGACCACGUCACACAUGAGAGAGAUGGUGAGUGACCUUGAGGAGCAUCUGAAGAAAGAAUCGGUUCCCAGCUCACUAAGAGAAGAAUACGAGGAGGAAGUUGAGAAAAACAGGCAGUUAGAGAGUGAAGUGGAGCAUCUACAGCAAGAGCUCUUCAAGAAACAAGGACAUAGAGAAGGGGGACCAGCAAAAGGACUACAAGCCUAUGAUGGAAUGUCCCAGCUGGCACUCAAGAAGCUCCUCCGAACUCUAGAGAAAGAGAAGGUGGAGGUCGAGUGGGAGCUGAAGGAGAUAGAGUGGCGGCUGGACCAAGAAGCCUCAGUAAGUCUGGAGUCGAUGCCAAAUGCUAGUCCUAUGCUCCUUCUCUGGUGAAGGCUGUCAGCAAAGCUACGGAAGAAAGAGAAGCAAUUCGAGAUAGAUUGGCUCAGUUAAAGUCACAGUCACAGGUUGGCAGUCACCAAUAGGAACCCUUGCACAACACCCACCAAGGUCACCUUAGUAUACGUCCAUCAGAAUUAUUCAAGGUGUACAAUGUAUAUAAAUUUAAUUGUUGUGUGCAUCAUGAGAGUGAACAGUGAGAGCAUUGAGUGUCCAUGGAUCGAAACGGUUGCAGCAGAGGCACUAUGGAUGUUUGAUGCCCAUAGCUUGUUCGAGUUCAGUCUUGCGCUGGGCCACCUGCAAAAAACAUACCAA